CCACAGCCACAAAGUCAUAAUAAUUGCUAAAUCCCGCCUAUUUCUACAAUCUGAUUUUUAAACCUAACCAUAAUCGCACUGCUAACCCUGUGCCUAAUUAUAACCUUAAAUUAAGACCAAAAAGUACAUUUUUGUUUUCAUUCAUUUUUACGAUAUACACAUUUUGACUUUGUGCGUGUGGUAAUUAGUGACAACCACAACAAGUGUAUACAUCUGUACUCCACACGGCGAUGUCUCGGAAGAAAGAGAAAGAAGAUUAUUACCGUUUUUUCUCGGUGACAGAACCACGCACACACGAGAAGGGACACACGGAAUAUAAAGUCACCGCAAGGUUUGUCUCCAAGCGUCGUCCAGAGGACGUCAAAGAGGUGAUAGUAUGGAGGAGGUACAGUGAACUGAAGAAGCUAUAUGGAGAGCUGUCCUACACACACAGAAACCUGUUCAGGAGACAGGAGGACUUCCCUUCGUUCCCUGGCGCUCAGCUCUUUGGUAGGUUUGAUGAAGGGGUGAUCGAGGAGAGGAGGAGUGCAGCUGAGGUCAUGCUACUAUUCACCACCAAUAUCCCUGCUCUCUACAACAGCCCUCAGCUUAAGGACUUCUUUAGGGGUGGUGAGGUGAUCAGGCCGUUAGACCCCUCUCCUCUCUCCUCCUCCACCCCCCUCCCUCCCCCCCUCAUCCCCCUGCCACAGCGUCGAGGCUCAGACUGUGAACCUGCGGCGGAGGAGGAGGGGACCGAGGCCCCUAUCCAACCCCAGAAGCUGGGGCUUUCACUGGGCGCGGAUCUAGUCGAGCCUGAGGUUGCAGCUGAGGCCUACAGUGAGAUGGGGGGUUGUCCUACUCCAGUAACACCUACAGCUGAGGAGGAGGAGGAGGAAGAGUUAAUGGACCUUCCUGAUGUACCCGGCGAUCUGAAGCUAGACGACAGAGCUCUUAAUCCGUUCCAGCCCUGCGUCCUCAGAACAGACCAAUCACAGUCUCAGGAGGAGUUUGAUUCGCUGUUCGAUUCCGUGAUGCGGGAGGAGCCUUCAGAGGAAGUACCGCCCCCUACUCUCUCCGACAACGACCUCGCCAUCUUCGACCCCUGUGCUAAAGAAGACCAACCGAGCGCAUCACACGACCAAUCAGAACUUCUGUCGCUGCCCUUGCCCAAUCCGGACGGCGGGGAGGCGGGCUAUCUGAGGCAGGCAGCCAAUGAGCUCACAGCUGCGAUGGAAAGCGAGAAGGAGGGAGAGUACAGUACAGCCAUACAAAAAUACAAGACAGCUGUGGAUUUACUCAUCACUGGAGUGAAAGGAGAUCCAGACCCACAGCGUAGAGGUUCAGUAAAGAGAAGAACUGCUCAGUAUCUGGAACAUGCAGAGACACUACUCACACGACUUACCUCCACACACACCUCGCAGGACCAGGAUGCUUAAACACACACACACACACACACACACACACGAACAGGACGCUCAAACACACACUCCUUAAUACACUCAGGAUCAAUAGAACAACUGGAGUUUUGAACAACCAAUAGCACCACUUACACACCUCCCUCCCUACCUCUCUCUUAAAACCACAGGAGGUUGGUGGGGAGGACGGGCUCGUGGUAAUGGCUGGAGCAGAAUGGUGUCAAAUGCAUCAACCGUUCUGUUUCCAGGUGUUUCAUUCCAUUCCCUCUGUUCCAGACAUUAGUAAUGUGUCGUCCUCCCCUCAACAGCCUCCCGUUGCUUAAAACAAACACGCACACACACACACGCACACACGCACACACACACACACACACACACACAAAGAAUCACAUCCCUGUUGCUUAAAACAAACACGCACACACGCACGCACACACACACACACACACACAAAGAAUCACAUCCCUGUUGCUUAAAACAAACACGCACGCACGCACACACACACACACAAAGAAUCACAUCCCUGUUGCUUAAAACAAACACACACACACACACACACGCACAAACACGCACGCACACGCACGCACGCACACACACACACACAAAGAAUCACAUCCCUGUUGCUUAAAACAAACACGCACGCACGCACACACACACACACACAAAGAAUCACAUCCCUGUUGCUUAAAACAAACACGCACGCACGCACACACACACACACAAAGAAUCACAUCCCUGUUGCUUAAAACAAACACACACACACACACACACGCACAAACACGCACGCACACGCACGCACGCACACACACACACACAAAGAAUCACAUCCCUGUUGCUUAAAACAAACACGCACGCACACACACACACACAAAGAAUCACAUCCCUGUUGCUUAAAACAAACACACACACACACACACACGCACAAACACGCACGCACACGCACGCACGCACGCACACACACACACAAAGAAUCACAUCCCUGUUGCUUAAAACAAACACACACAAACACACACACGCACACACACAAGGAAUCACAUCCCUGUUGCUUAAAACAAACACACACACACACACACACGCACACACACAAGGAAUCACAUCCCUGUUGCUUAAAACACACACAAACACACACACGCACACACACAAGGAAUCACAUCCCUGUUGCUUAAAACAAACACACACACACACACACGCACACACACAAGGAAUCACAUCCCUGUUGCUUAAAACAAACACACACACACACACACGCACACACACAAAGAAUCACAUCCCUGUUGCUUAAAACAAACACACACACACACGCACACACACAAAGAAUCACAUCCCUGUUUCUGGAAUCUGAAAUCAACUGUCAAAUAUUUGAAUCUGAUUCCCCUUAAUGAACAAGACAAUGGCUUGUGUUCCAAAAGGCACCCUCUUCCCUAUAUAGUGCACUGCUUUUUACCAGGGCCAAUAGGUGAACACUAGGGUUCUAGGGCUCUGGUCUAAUGUAGUGCACUCUAUGGGGAAUAGGGUGCCAGCCCUGGUCUAAAGUAGUGCACUAAAUAGGGAAUAGGGCUCUGGUCUAUGUAAGGAUUAUGUUUCCUUUGUCUGCUUAAUUUAUCUCCCUAAUAGCUUUUACAGUGUUUUAAGGCGUUACUAGUAUUGUGUGUUUUUGUACACUACACGCGCAUUACUUAAUUGUUUUCUUAAAUAAAUCAAUAAAAACUGA